AUGGCACGGUCUCAUACCUCGAGGAGUCAGCCUGUUGCUACCACGCGCAGGUUCAUAUACGAGAAGAACCAUGGCAUUGACAGUGCAGCAGUCGAGUCGCUUUUCAAGCCUGAUUCGUGGGUACUGAAUUCAAACUCGCUGUCAGACAGCCUUAGUGUGUUUGGAUUCAAUGUGUUUGUUGCGCUUGUUGUCGAUCUCCUGCAUGAGUUUGAACUAGGGGACCUGGUCCACGAGCUUGAUAGAAGGUACAGACAGGUUCCCCCAUUUGGGCCUGCAACAAUUAGGCAAUUCUCUGUCAACACCUCUGAAUUGUCAAACUUGGCUGCACGAAACUUUGAAGAUCUUCUUCAGUGUUCUAUCCCGGUCUUCAAAGGCCUGCUCCCCAAAGGUCACAAUAAAAUUAUCAUGGAUCUCCUUUUCAUCAUGGCACACUGGCAUGGACUUGCCAAGCUUCGCAUGCAUUCUGACCUGACUUUAGCGAUCCUCGACCAACAAAUGACCGAUCUCAGUGAACAAUUUCGUAAGUUUAAGGCGACAGUGUGCGCUGCGUACAGCACCCAGGAGCUCGAUCGUGAGGUUGAUGCGCAGUCUUGUCGGCAAGCAAAAGAUGCAGCUAAGUGGACGGAGACAGGCAAGGCGAAUGGCAUUGGGCGAGGAACUGCAGCAAGUACCAAUGCUAAAGGGAAACAGAAGGCCAGUGCAGAGCAGUUGCUGGAUACACCCUUACCAAGGCAACUGAGGAGAAAGAAGUCAUUCAAUCUUCAGACCUACAAGUUUCAUGCGCUGGGGGAUUAUGUGACUUCCAUCCGUCGCUUUGGAACCACAGAUUCAUACAGCACAGAGCCAGGGGAGUUGGAGCACCGCAUGCCGAAGGGUAGAUACCGCCGAACUGAUCACAGAGCAUUUGUUCAACAGCUAACUCAGAUUGAGCAGCAUCAAACGCGCUUGCACCGCAUUAAACAACGACAGCAACAACGGGCUUCUCAUGCAGAGUCAAACGAAACUGCGAGUGAUCCCCAGCUACACCACCACAUCAGCCAAAGUGAGAAGCUUUACAAUGAAGUUGGUCAUUACCUUCGCAGUCAUGUGGGAGAUCCUGCUAUGAAGGACUUCCUGCCGUGGUUAAAAGACCAUAUUCUGGACCGUAUUGGCCCAGGAGCUUCUGGACCUUCUAUGGAGAAAGCCACCCAUACCACCAAAGAACGUGCUUCCAUUCUCUUUAAACGUAACAGAAUCUAUCACCACAACCUGAAAGAGUACUACAUUAAUAGUUUUGUUGAUCGUGACGCCCUCAUGAGGUUUCAUUUUAGCCUCGGGGUAGGGCACGUUUACUCACAUAGUGCGGGGGUCUUAGAAGCUCGUAACUCCGCACCACAACAUGCCAGCCAGACAAGUGCCCAGGUGCAAGACAAAUGUAUUGAAGACAACCCAACAGAAAUCGCCCAACCAUCUGACGGAAAGUGGGAUGAACAGGAUGAAGAGGGCAAUUACCUUGGUGUCGAGGAGCUGUGUUUUUUUGGGCCGGAAAGGAAUGCAAGCACAGAAUCGAUUGUCGAGGCACUAGAUGAGAUGUUCAUGGACUGCACCCUCGAUUAUGAUUACGAAAAUUAA